AUGGAUUUCUAUGCUUAUUUUGUGUUACUAUUUGUGGUAAUCCUUUUUAUUGUUGUAUUACCCAUCUUAUCAGGGAUAGGUACUUUUAAAUUAGAUAAUUCUAGGAAUGUCAAAAACGCAAAACAGAAUGGAAGUAAAAGUGAUGUAUUAAAAUUUAAAUUAAAAAAAGAAGAAGAAUCGUCUAAUGCAGACGAAAUCUCCACUGGGGUUUCAUCAUCUACCAUUAGUACAUCAAAAAAAACGGGUAAAUUUGAAAUUGAUUCGAAAACUGGAUUGAAAAAACGUGUUAUCGGAAACUAUGCCAAGAAUGAAGACCCAAAUACUUUCGAUUUUGAUGUAGACGAAUUAAUCAAUGAGGAUGCAGAAGAGGAAAAAAGAGAACUAACAAAAAGAUAUAGCAAAUUUAAAGGAAGAGAAUAUGAAGCUGCAGAAAGUUUUGUUUAA